UACCAGCGAUCAGCGACAACGGGUAACGCGUGCGCGUGUGGGGACUUUCCGAUCGUUCGAGUCGUGUGCACUUUCGAUCUUCAAUUCGUGUUUACUCGAUAAUGAACGGCCCACGUUACGUAACGCAAGCCGCAACAUCUAUUCAGAAUUUCGUGCGAGCGAUCUGCACGCAUUCGCUUCCCCUACUUUUUCGAGCGCUACACGCUCGUAGGUUAGAAGUUUGCGGUUAGGGCGCCCGACUCCCAUUCGCGCCCGCACUCUAUUGGUCGCUAUCGCGAUUGCGGCAAACUUCAAGCGAAACGGCGGAUCUAGUCAAGCGCCUCCGCGAAUCAGAACGCUCGUCGUGAUCACGUGGCCCGAAUUUCGCGGUUUCGCGCGACGCACCGUCGCGACCAUUCGAUAUCCUCGAGAGCUUCGAUACCGCUUCUGCGCUUUACUUUGGCCGCCCGUGAGGUCGCCGGAGAGACGAGAAGUGCCGUUUUGGGAUCAUGAAUUAGUUGCAGCAGGAUUCCUGUACAGAAUAAGAAUACUGUAGAGGUUUUUAAGACUUGUAGAGUACAUUUAUAAAGAUGCUGUUAACAAUUCUUUAUAUGUUAGCCACAGUGAUGCAGACACGCAGGAUAUCAUUCUUAAAGGAGCAUUUGAAAGUUGUUUUUAACAGAAAUCGUCCUUCCAUUAUGUUUCAUACUAAAUCAUCUCAGCAUUUAAAUAAAAAUCAUAAUGGAAGCAAGCCGGCUGAAAAUGUUAUGUCUUCUGACUUAUGCCUUAAUAAGAAUCUCGCUAAACUUGGCGAAUGGCUAUGGUACCAAGGCGAUAUAAAAUUAUGUACUGUAUAUCCUGAACAACUAGUUAAUGUAUUAAACUGGCUGGCCUACCCACGUGGAAAAACAUUGUUCCCCCUGAAUGCAAAUAAUUGUUGCCAGUUGUCGAGCGCACCCAAUAGGAUGACUAUCCUUGUCGAAGCUGAUCUCGCAGCUUACAAACCUCAGGCCUCGAGUAAAACAAAGCUUGAAGAUUAUGGUCUAAUCAUCACUUGGAUAGCAAAUAAAAACAUUAAAAACAUUAACUUCAUUCUGGAGUCAGAUGCGGAUCAUAUUAUGAGCUUCAUAACUACAGUCAUGCAAGGACAAUAUUAUAUCAAUAAUGAUUUACUCGUAACGCGUAUACAAUCCGUUUUGGUGUCUGGACAACCAUGUACUUAUGACAACGAACCAUUGAACUGUGUACUGGACAAAAACGUUCUCUAUUCGCUAAGCGACGCAGCUGCGAUAGUCCUACAGCAACAGAAGACGGUAGAACUCGUCAAAUUCGGUGCGAAGGUGUAUCCGCAGAACAAGCAAUCGCCCAACGUAGUCUCACCCUCGUCCACGAACAAAGAAAUUUAUUCUUCCGAUAUAGGCAUCGGUGAUAUAUCAAGCACAUUUACGAGGUCUGUUGCCUCGGUCGUGCCUGCAGGUAACUCGUCACCUAAACUGGACGAAGUGUGUACAAGUACAAAGGACAACACGCUACUGAAACAAACAUCUACUGCCAUUAGAGAAAAAGUCGACGAUCCCGUGAAAUUUCAGUCACCUAUUAUCUGGGAGAAGAAAGUUCCGUUGCCUGCUGUCGAUUUUACCAAAAGACCCACAACUUCCAAAGCAUCCCUUCCGACACGGUCCGAGCCUUCGAGACAAGAAGAGGGAAACCUACUCAAGCCGCCAAACGUAGUAAUCUAUGCAGACAGCCCAGAUGCUAUCAGCAACGUAAAGACUGUACUAGAAAAGGCGUUAGAUCCAGACAGAUAUAUUGUUUACGCGUUAACAAGAGAUGAAGCUCGCUCAAACUGCUGGAUAGAUCAGGUUACCCUCGUUGUCGUCUGUGGCAACGUCGACGCUGAGGUCAGCGCUCAGCUUGUAGAAUACGUCAUACACGGUGGUAAACUUCUGGCCUUGUGCUCUGACAUGUUGCACACUCUGCUUCCAUCGUUUAAGACCGCGGAGGUGCGUGAGAGCGAACUCGUGCACUUUUCGUACGGUAAAUGGAAGCGUGUUCGCAUGAUGCAUCACAUUUUCUGUUAUCAUGCAUCUCCCGUACGAGCUCGGUUUUUCCAAGAUCACGAAGAUACGAGAACUGCAUUGAAUCCACCGACGUCUACCAGUGUUAAAGAUAAAAGAGGAAGACUGCACUCGUUCGACGUGAAAGUAUUGGGCACGGAGGAAACCUGGCAUAAUCCGAGUAUACUUCUCGCGACGCUCGCGAGCAGUGGUGGAAGAGUGGUGUUUUCCCAAAUUCAUUUGGAGGUAGAUCCAAUGCAGUAUGAAUAUGAAGAGGACAAGUUCAAUGCGCUCAAGGAGAGCAACGCUGUCCGUUUGGAGAUAAUCGGCGAUCUUCUGAGCACGCAUUUAGGAAUGAAGACGUCGAAAAGUGCGGGAGAACUCGUAAAAUAUACUCCGGCUUACUUCCUGGGCAAGUUUGAGAUAAAGAAGAAGAUGCUUGAUAAACUGAAGAGCAAACUGCAAGAAACUGACAUGUUAAAACUGCCGAAGUUGGACAUUCGCUUCUAUACGAACAGUGUGAUAACGGCAUCCGCGUCCGCCUCCUUCCUGCCAGUUAUGGUACAUCUGUGCCCGGAGAAUUUCUCUACCGUAAAGUAUUUCGAGAAUCUUGGCACGCAUGAAUUGGGACGCUUAGUGAUAUAUGCAGAUCUUCUGACAUCGUCCAUGCAUCUCACGGAAAAGCGUUUGGAACACGGCUUGGCAGUUAUUCCACGGCAGCAGACGCAAGGCGAAGGACGAGGUCGCAAUAUAUGGCUCAGUCCGCUGGGCUGCGCUAUGUUUACCUUACAAGUACACAUUUCGAAACAUUCAGUUCUCGGCCGUCGUAUUCCGCUCCUCCAGCAUGUUGUUGCUGUGGCACUCAUAUCGGCUAUCAGGUCUAAACGAGGAUACGAGGACAUUGAUCUCAGACUGAAGUGGCCUAAUGACAUAUACGUCGGUAACUCGGCCAAAAUUGGUGGUGUAACCGUUUCCACGCAAACAGACGGUUCAGAGUACAUUUGCAAUAUCGGAGUUGGCAUCAAUCUCUCAAACAGUAAACCCACGACAUGUAUCAAUGACGUGAUUGAGCAAUGUAAUCAAAAAUAUGGCAAGAAGUUGUCAAAGUACUCGUACGAGCAAUACUUAGCAUAUGUAUUCAAUGAACUGGAAAUUCUAUUGGACAUGAUAGAAAAGCACAACAUACAGUACUUUUACGAUCUUUAUUACAAAUAUUGGUUGCAUGCGAAUUCAAAAGUGACGGCGACAAAUCCAAAUGGGAAAUCCGAAAACGUCACAAUAUCGGGUAUCGACGAAAACGGGUUUUUGUUGGUAUUCGCGAAUGAUGGUAGGACAUUUCCUAUUCACCCGGAUGGAAAUAGUUUCGAUCUUUUGAAGGGAUUAAUAGCACCAAAAUAAUGUGCCGUUUGUUAAUUGUUACUAAGAAUCAUUCUAUGUACAUCAAAGUUUAUUAUAUAUAUAUACCAUACAUACAUAUAUAUAUAUAUAUUUUAUAGUGAUAUGUAUAAUAUAUAUAUUAUAUAUAAUAUCAUAAUAUUAUAUGUAAUAUAUAUAGUAUAUAAAAUAUACUAUAUAAUAUAUAUAUAAAAAUAAAUAUACAAUGCACAUGUUCAAAAGAUCUGAAUAGUAUCAAAUAGAGAGUAGACAAUAUUUAAUUUGUUGUAUAUAUAAUGUAUAUUAUGUUGCUAAAAUAUUUAUUGUGCGGGGGGAUUAGAUAUGAUUAUAGAUAGGUUUAGAAAUGAUUUUGUAUAAAAAUUUAUUGCAUUUUUCUCUCUAAACGACUUGUAGAUCGUGGACUAAUUGUAUUUUAUAUAUAUACUUGUAAUAUUUUAAUUAAAUAAUUUUUAUUUUACAUUAAA